GCUGCGGAACAAUAUUUCGGACUAACUUUGAACGAAACCCACUAAAUAAAUGUGGCUACAUUUCUUAAGAAGUGUGGGUUUUAUUUCGACUUCGACGAUUUUAUUAUCAUACUUUUUUAUCGGUUCACGCGAAGUUAUUAGCAGUUGAAAGCAUAGCUCGUGAAUAGCCUAUUCUCGCUAAUAGCCUAAUAUCUAAAUUGAAUAAUCUUAUCGUGUGGUUCAACUAUCAUUCAACGCUGAUUUCAAAGAGAAUGUGUAUAGAUUUACUGGGAUUUGGUCGUCCAGAAGACAGAGCAGGCAUGGAAUUCCUAUGGCUGCAUGUGCUGGUCUGGAAAGUGAAAGUCCCCGCCUCCGUAUGCAGCGCGUUUGUCGGUGCUGUGACUGGAUCCGAAACCACUACGGACUCUUGAGCGCAGAAUACCUUUCCCUGCUGGACCAGAUGGGAGGAGAUAUUACAGAGCAGGAUGCCCCUGUCUUGUCCCCAACAUCACUUUACAGACACAUAGAUGAUGCUGAGUUUGAGGACAAAGUCAGAUUCCUGAACGAGACCAUCUAUCAAAUCAAAAAACAGUUUGAUGGGAAUAUGAAGGCUGUCACCUGGGAUAAGAAAAACCUGGAUGAUUUCCUCAACAUUCUUGAACGCCAAUUUGAGAACCUUAAUUCCUGUGUAUCACCUGCCAUGAAACCUGAGAGGAGACUGAAACGGUACUUCAAGAAGUUGAAUAGGAAGGUUCUGAGAAAAAUGAACUACAGUGCACAGGCGUGGGAGCUCAUCAGGAAAGAGACACAACGUCAUCUGCAAAGAUUGGAGAUCCUUGUGGGAAAGAUGUACUGAUCAUCUGGACUCAUCUCAGAAGCUAAGCCCUUACCAGUUUAUAAAGCAUGAAUACAAUCAUGUGGGACCCUGUUAGUCUAUUUAUUAUAUUUAAAUUCUUAAAUUAUUGUUUUUUAUUUUUAUAAAUUAUUAUUUAUAUUUUGUAUUUCCCUUUUGUACCUGUGUUGAACUGAACUGUAUUGCCUGUCUACUUGAAAAACCAGUGAAAAAAUAAUAUAGAAAAUGUGAAUAAAAACGUAUUUUUUGUAUACAUUUUCAAAAUGUCCUUCUUGUCUAUAACCAAUUUCUACUUGAAGUUUAUGUAUUCUUGUAGUUUUGUUUCUUUGUGUAAUUUAUUUUUAAAUGUGUGAUAUCAUGUGUUUUCACAUGGUUUUAGGGACGAGGUUAAAUCCAGUAGAUAGGUCACUCUUGGUGCCACAAAGUCCGAAUGCCAAGGAUUCCAGGAUGUCUAGGGAGCUCACUGGUGUUUAUCUUAGAAUGAUUGAUAGAUGGAAUAUCCUACCUGGGGUACAAGGGGAUAACAUCAGGGUGGGGAGUGCCAACUGAUGGUUACCAGAAGUUGUUGAAGAAAUGUGUAAAGGGCUAUAUAAACUAAGAUAUUUCCAUUGUCUAGUAGUUUGGAUAGUAAGAUGCAAC